UAAAAAUUCAUAUUUCAUUUUCAGGAAAAAAAAAAUAUUCAAGCAAAAAAAUGAUUCCGCGUAAGGUUUUUGUUGGAAGUUUGCCUCAAGGUUCAAAACCAGAAGAGCUUCGUCGGCUUUUCGAAAAGUAUGGAGUUGUGACUGAAUGUGAUAUUUUAAAUCGCUGCGGUUUUGUUCACAUGGCAACUUCAGAGCAAGCAGACGCUGCAAUAAAAGCUCUUAAUAAUGUUCUAUUUAACGGAGUGAAUAUUGUUGUUGAAAGAGGAAGAAUGAAACCUCAAGGUUCUUUAGGAAGUGGAUCGAACAGGGGUGGCCAGAUGGGAGGAAAUAACAGAAAUAAUGGACCUCAAGGCAUAAGAGGAGGUAACUCAAGAGGAAAUGGUGCAUUCAGAGCAAACAAUAUGAGUGGAGGUAUGAAUCAGCAGCAAAUGGGAGGUCCAAUGCGCCAAAAUAGACAAAAUGAUCGACAACAAAGUAGAAAUACUCCAUACAGCAAAAAUCAACGAGGUGGUGGAGCAGGUAGAAGCUUCCAACAAAGAGACAACAAUCCUAUGGGUGGAAACAAUAAUAGUAAUCAUAACAUGGGACGUUUUGAUAAUAACAUGCAGAUGGACAAUCGUCAAGGGAUGAACAACUUUGAUCGUGGAAUGAGCAACAACAACAUGAUGGAUCGUAAUCGCAGUGGAUUUAACGACGACAAUAAUUUUAAUUUUAGCGAAGAUCGUCGGGGUUUUGCACUGCCGUCAUAUUCAAAUGAUAUUUCACAGAAUAAUUUUGGAAACGAUCGACAAAAUAACAGUAUGGGAAACAUGGGAAAUCGCCGGAACUCUGGUGCACCUCCAUUCAUGACUGGACAGAGUUUCGAGCGUAGAAAUCAGAAUAUGGGCAAUAGCAGUGGAGUAGGAAAUAAGUUCCAGAAUAACGACAUGUUUACACGUAGAAGUGGUCAACAAGGAAGCACUGGUGUCAACAGAAAUCAGAACAAUACAAAUAAUUUUGAAAGUGGAAAUUUUGGAAACUUUGGCGCGAAUCGCAAUCAAGGUCCACCACGUCGAGAUUAUAUGAAUCAAAAUCGACGAUUUUAAAACGGUUCAUAUUGAUUACAAAAUCAACACAAUAAUUGAGUAGAAAACAAUUGAAUAACUGUCACUAAUUUAUGAUACAUUUGAUUUGUUUGCCUAUUUUACUUUUCCUUCUUUCAAUAAACAUUUUGUAACAAUUUUAAGCUGGUUAAUUUUUUUAUGAUAAAAAAAUAUUUGAUCGAAAUAAGAUCGAAUACAAA